AUGCCCCUGAACCCCAAAAUUGAUCCUCGCUACUUCGUGCUGAUCAGACCACUGCCUGUCCCUACCCAGAAAGGUUUAAAGAUCCAGGCACGGAGCAAAACCAUUUACAACUGCUGGGAUGUCCCAAGAGAGCACGUAUUUCGAGAGAGCUAUCAUCGGAGAGCCAAACAACUCUCACAACAGGGGUAUUUUACCCCCUGCUGGAAACCCUAUCAGGAUUUCGGAGACCCCCUUUACCUCGAUCCCAGAAAACUCACCCUCUACGGUCUGGGACAGCUACCUCCGGAUCUCUACAAAGAGGAAGUUGCUUUGGAAGAAUUCGCCGAACCAUUGGAAACCGAGCUUUCCAAGAAGUUGAAACCAAAGCUCCUGGAACCGGAGAAGAAACUUCUGCCGAUUCGACAUAUAGAGAAGGAUUUGAGGACCCUCCCCAGAGACCUCGUGCACAUGAGGCAUCUGAUCAACUCGGUGAAGAUCGGGCGGGGGUACUUCCAUAGUCUUCGUCGAGAAUCCAUCAAGAGGAGGACCGCCUCCAGCCUGGAAGAGCGGAGGGAGGAAGAGAGGAGAAGGACGGAGUUUCAGCCCCCUCGCUACCCAUCCUCCUCCUCGGAGGAAGACUCCGACUCCGAAUCUGAUUUCUUUUUAACAGGAGGCUUCUUGGUGAGCGAGACGGAAAAGAAGAAGAAGAAAAAAAUGGCCCGGCCAUUCACCCCCAUCCAUAAUGGCUUGCUGUCACAAAAACAUCCAGAGGCCCAUUUUGACUCCAUCUUCCGGCAACUCUGUGCCCUUAACUGGCUCCUGGAAGCCUUGACCCUGGAGCCCAGCAGUAGCAUGAAGCCCUUGAUCGCCUGCUGGAACCCCAAGGACUACGGUGGUGGGAAAAGCUGCAUGAAAGCCAUCAAUAAAGAGAAGGCGGUGAAGAAUCGGUGGGAGCAUUUUGUUCAGCAUGCAAAGGGCAGAAGAUAUACCCAGAAGCAGAUUCGGGGCCCGUCCAGCAAAAAGUCACCCAAGAUGACAGGGAGCAUGUCCAAGAUCAGCGGGCUGUCCUCGCCACAUAGUAAGACCACCUUGGCCAGCACCAGCUCUUUGACGCCCGGCUCCGAUGAAGCCGCCCAACCUACGUCGGAAAGCGCCAAGGAGGUGGAAGAGCUGGAGUCCAGCUACAGCAAGCAGACGAAGGAGGAGGAAGAACCCCUGAGCUACUACCUGCAGACCUUACUUCGGAUGAUACACGAAGACGUGGCUAAGAAUUUUAGCAAGGAAAAUAUGUUUUGGAAUACGAAACCACAGUAUCUACACAUGUACGAUCCGGACAGCGACAUAUCGUUUGGACAACGGGGCAAGAGCUCUGCGACAUCUUCAAAGGAAGAAAAAACCAGCACAGGGAUACACAAAGAAGGAAGCACAGUGGAGGCCAAGAGAAAGAGUUCAAUGGUUGUCACCGUCCGAGAAGAUAAAACCACCACUGCCACAUAUAUGGAAGAUGACAAAACAUCAGAACUUUGCAGUCCUGAAAGCUCUUUCAUUAGAAGGAAGCAGCAACUGUGUCAUGAGAUGAGAGAAUUGUUUUUUGACAUCUCCCAAGAAAAUGCCUUCCGGCUGCACGAUCAACUCGACAUCCUGGAGAGGAGACGAGAGGAGAAGAACAUUCAGAAAUUCCUGUGCCUGAACUAUCUUACCCGUUUCCGGAAAGACCUCGAGCGAAUGAGACAAUCCGUGGUGGGCAAAGAGCCUGAACAAGACGCAGAGUCAGAAAACUGGUUUUCAACUUUGCUGGAAAGGAUUCCAGAUGACAUCAGAAGAGACCGCCGUACCCAGAAAGUCCUCAAGAAGCUGGAAAGGUUUGCCAGGAAUCCGGACUUACGCAUCCGGCCUCCCACUUUUUUGAAGGUCUUGGGAGAACUUCGGAUCUGGGAAAUUUGCUCUCCAGACAUCUGCGCAGCUGUAGAGUUCCUGCGCGAAUAUAUUGUGGAUAUGCCUGAAGAAGACUACAAGCAGUGGUUGCAGGCUCGGGUGCCGUUCCCCAAACGGGUGCACAGCGCCCCUCCUCUGUGAUCCCGACACACCCGGCUCAAAUAGAUCGGGAUCCCCUUUGUAAAAGAAAGGGUCGCUGGGGAUCACCAAGAGAUCACAUUCUGGGGAAUGCCGAAGGAGCCAACUGGAAGACUAGGAAAUGCUCAUUCUCAAAAGUCUGUUUAGAACCCUUUUCGGUUGCAGGUUCAAAAGCCAGAGAAUUGAUCAGCCAAAGCCAUCUUCGCCUUAGAAGAUUGUUGUUCUUCUUUGUCAAUGUUUUUGUUGUUGUUGCACUGAAUUUCACGUUUAUAUAUGGGGAGAGGAACUGUUACACAAGAGAAUUUAGUCCAGUUCUGGUCUGUGGGACAGCAGAUUCCUUACGGUGAUCAGCUUCUUCCACUGAACAAGCAGGCCUUAGGGUCCAUCAGUUCCGACUCUUAACUUGUUACGGUUAUUUUUUUGGUUCUGUAUUUAAUUUGGAUGGAUUAAAAUCCCUUUUCAAGCAUUG